AUGCCCGCAAGUGCCACGCUGUUGCUGCUACUUCCACUGCAAGCCGCUCUCAUCCUAGGCAAUGACAAUGAAGUUGAUCCCUCCACGGUGCUGUCAGCAACGGGCUGUGAGCUGCACUCUGGGGAGGGCAUAGUAGCCUCCUACCAGAUAGGUUAUUAAGGAUCCAAUUUUUUGAGCCUCCUAAGCAAUUCGUGGCUACCAUCUCUAAAGGGUGAACAAAAGGCUCAGACUGUCUACAGACUAGUCAUUCAGCAUCUAAGAAUCGAAGAAAUAAUUCAGAGGCUCCUCAGUGACCUGUGUCCAUGUUUCACCUUGGGUGUUCUUGAAGCUGGGAUGGGUCAUCUCCAGAGACAAGAAAGGUCAGAGGCCUGGCUGUCCAGGGGUCCCAGUCCUGGGCCUGGCCAUCUGCAGCUGCUGGUGUGCCACGUCUCUGGCUUCCACCCGAAGCCCGUGUGGGUGAUGUGGAUGCGGGGUGAGCAGGAGCAGAAGGACACUCAGCGAGGGGACGUCCUGGCCAAUGCUGAUGAGACCUGGUAUCUCCGAGUGACCCUGGAGGUGGCGGCAGGGGAGGCUGCUGGGCUGUCUUGUCGAGUGCAGCACAGCAGUGUAGGAGGGCAGGACAUCGUCCUCCACUGGGAACAUCACACUUCCCUGGGUUUUGUCUUGGUGGCAGUGAGAGUGUCCCUGGCUCUUCUCAUGGGUGUUGUGAGUUCUUUCUAUCUGCUGUCUUCUCCUUCUUCUUCUUUCCUCACCGAUUUGUCUCCUUACGCCUUUUUCUCUCUCCUAAUUUUCCUACUCCCUUAG